AUGGUCGCCAUACUUAGCCGUGCGCCAAGCGUCGUCCGCCAACCCUGCGCCACAGCUGCCGUCGUCGCCAUUUUGCGACGAAUAAGAUCUCCGAUUUGGUGCCUCUCUGAAAUUUCGUCCAACUUGGACGACUGGGGGACAGAGCCUUCCCCCGAUUUACUGCAUUGCGGCAAGCCCGACCUCCGCUAGCUCCUAAAAUUAAAUCUGGUUUUCUACAUUAGCAACAAGAUUAUUUUACCGAGUAUCGAAAUAUGCAGCUCUUCUGAAUUGCGUCGGCCAUGAAUUCCCAGGGUUACUUCGCCACUUCUUGUGGAGGCACCUCGCCCAGCGCGUACACCGCGGUCGGACACGGAUUCUCCGUCGUCGUCCAUGCUAGAGCCCACGGCCAUGGACAAGAAGAACUCGACACGGCAAACGUCCGCGCCCAAGGGAAACACUGCCAGUGAUCCGAAGAGCAAGCAAGAUGGUCCCUGGAAGCAGCAGCAGCCACAGCAGCAGCAGCAGCAGUCUGGCUCUCAGCAGGGCCAGCAGCAGGGGAGAGGGGGUCGCCGGAGGGAUGGAGGGAGGCCCCUCCCCGACGCCGGCAGGAGGCCCGCCCCCCAGCGUAACCGGUGCGCCUACGACAAGCGCCCGCAGCCGAGGAAUGGACAGACUGGCCCCAAUACCCAGGGCCAGCGCUGUGAGGUAGCGCGCAGCCUUCAGGAUGACAGCGUGGACAGCGGCGUGAGCAGCAGCGUGAGGAAAGGCUGCAAGAAGGUGAACCUGAACCACCUCCUCAAAUUCACCCUGGCCCCGAGGGAAGGGGAGGCCUGGCAUCACCCCCAGCAGGGCCAGGGGCACCACUACCAGGGCCACCGGUCGUACCAUCACCAUCGGCCACCCAAGUACAGCAAGGAGCAGUUCCUGCAGGCCAACUGCCAGUUUGUGGUGCGGGAGAGUGCGUCCCCUCCACGGGGCUGGGGCGGCAGCGACCCGGACGCGCCCGUGGACUGGGGCCGGGUGGAGGAGGUGCGGGUGGGCAGCGUGGGGCCCCCCCUGUGCCCCGUGUGCCUGGGGCCCCCCGUGGCGGCCAAGAUGACCCCCUGCGGGCACGUGUACUGCUGGCCCUGCCUCCUGCACUACCUGGCCCUCUCGGAUCGGCCCUGGAGGCCCUGCCCCAUCUGCUUCCAGCCUUUCUCCAAGGGGGAGCUCAAGAGUGUGGUUCCCCAGUGCAAGGCGUCCUACAGACCGGGUGACGAGAUCACCAUGUGCUUGAUGCGGAGGCAGAAGAACGGCUGCCUGCCCGUGCCUGCGAGCCUCUGGAAGGAGGACCUGACGGGGCCCUUCGGCGUGGACGAUGAGGGUGCCAUGACCCGCUACCAGAAGGUGCUGACGGCGGGGCAGGACCAGGUGUCAACCAUCUUGGACCGAGAAGAGCAUGAGCUGAGGCAGCUGCUCCGGGAGGAAGGGGACGCUCCGGAGGCGUGCUUCGUGCAGGCGGCACUCUUGGCCCUCCAGGAACGUCGCACUGCAUUGGAGACAGUUGCCACCCUCGACACAAAUGCCAAUUUGACAGCAGUCCUUGACCACGAGGGAAAUCACCUGACUCAGAACACUCCAACUACUGAUGACACUGAACUGGAACCACCCAACAAUGAAAGCAACGAAGCUGAUGGGAUUUGUGACACUAUCAGAGAGCUGUCUCUGGGACGGUCCCAGGACGGCCGGCAGCGCUACAUGAGCAGUGGGAGCAGCGGCGGGGAGGGCAACGCUGCCGAGGAGGAGGGGGCCCUCACCGCCGAGGACUUGGAGCUGCCCCCCCAGCAGCAGGGCACGACGCCCGCACGGGACUCGUUCCACUACUACCAGGCAGCGGACGGGCAGGCGGUGUUCCUGCACGCCCUCAAUGUGCGCAUGCUGGCCCGUGACUAUGGGGCCCUGGAGCACUCCCCGCACAGCUUCACGGCGCGCAUCGUCGAGAUUGAGGGAGCCUCCAUCGACGAGGAGAUGCGCCGUCGCCUGCGCUACCUGCGCCACCUGCCCCUGACUUGCGAGAUCCAGGUGGUCGAGCUGAAAUUGGAGCCACCCUUGGUCACGCAGGACACCUUGGACCACUUUGCAUCCGACGUGGAGAAGCGGCGCCGCAUGCGUUCAAAGCGUGCCCGCAGCGAGAAGCGGCGAGACCGACUGCUGGCGCAAGAGGAGCUGCGCAAGCAAGGGCACGGCCUAGCUGCCCGCUACAACUUGGACAGUGUGAAGCACUUCCCAAGCUGCGACCCGGGGCCUCCCGAGCCUACCGAAUCCAGUCCGGUGCCCCGCGUGGCUUCCGCCGAUUCCCACUCUACCGCCCACUCGGACCCGGAUGGGGGCAGCAGCGGCCUCGCAAGUGUGGCCAGUAGUCUCGCCGAGGAGGAAGGCGUGCCCAGGGUAUCCUUUGCCCAGAUGGUGCAGACGCACGGUGCUUCUGGUGCAACCCGUGCCUCUGGGACCCCGAGGGGGCAGCGUCCCAAGGAAGGGGUCGAGAGCCCCCUGGUAGGGCCUCAGCUGGACUCUGACGGCGAGGAGUUUGCUCCGGCACCCCAGUUCCAGCACUCAUUCAGCUUGGCGCUGGAAGAAGCCCUCAGCGGGGUGUCCAGGGCUGCCCAGACUCCCGAUGGCCCGAAGUUAAAAUCUGGAUCCAAGAAAAAGAAGAAAAACAUGACCUUGCUCUUUGCCACUUCCAUGAAUAGGAGCAAGUAGUGAUCAGUGGGCUCCUCGAGGCCACGGUAACUGUGUGCGAAUGUCGUAGGUCUCCACAAACCACUUUGUGUCUGCGGCUUUCAGCCACUUUGUCUCUUGGGGAGCGCCUCGUGAGAGGCGCCGUAAUCUGCGUUGUCCCAAUUUGCCAUUAACGAUUGGAUGGGAGGAAAGUUUGUGCGCUGCAAUGGAUUCAAAGUAAGAGGGCUGCCGCAUUUUGUGGUAGCUCUAGGAUUGAAGGAGCGUUUACCGGUUGAUUUCUGGAGGCAGUGUGGGAAUGUGUGCUUGGUAUGUGAAUAAAGGUUGCUUGUUUAAAUUA